UGGAGCGUCGAAGAAGAACACUUCCGUUUUCCUUUCGGCUCCCGCCCCGCUCCGCCAUCAUGAAGUCCUGAACAAAAACGGAUGAGAGUCGAGCAAAAUGGGGAUAACACGAACUGCAGAUGAAAUCCGCUGGCAACAGUAACGUAAUGACAGUACAAAGUGGAGCACGUAGCGGACCGGUGGACAUUAAUGAAUCAGUUUCCCAUUGAAACCGUCCUAGGCACCUCCUGGCGUUACGUUAUUUAGUUAGCGGUGUUGCUAACAGCAGCUGGAGCUAGCCUCUGAUUUUCUUUGGAAGACAGCUCUGCUACUAGCUGGCUGGCUAGUCUAGCUGGCAGGCGUCAGUCAGCUAGCUGUCACUUUAAUUGACUGGCACUUUCCUCAUGUCAAGUCGUGCCGACGUGCUAGCUGUCCAAUUGACUUGGAGCAUCAGGAUGGAGAGGGGUUUGAGUAAAAGCAUCGACAGACAGAAUGUGGUUUGUUCGUGUUGAAUAGACACCAGUGCCGAGGAAAGGGGAGUGAGACCAGUAUUUUCCAGCCAGGCCGGUUAGCUAGCUCCAGAGCUAGCUACAGUGGAUCCCAAAAGCCACGGCGCUGGCCAUGCCGUCGAGUGUGCGGGCCGGGAGCCUGAAGGACCCGGAGGUGGCUGAGCUGUUCUUCAGGGAGGAUCCUGAGAAGCUCUUCACAGACCUGAGGGAGAUCGGCCAUGGGAGCUUCGGAGCGGUCUACUUCGCCCAUGACAUCCGCACCAAUGAGGUGGUGGCCAUCAAGAAGAUGUCCUACAGUGGCAAGCAGUCCAAUGAGAAAUGGCAGGAUAUUGUCAAGGAAGUGAAGUUCCUCCAGAAACUGCGCCACCCCAACACUGUUGAGUACCAUGGCUGCUACCUGAGAGAGCACACAGCAUGGCUGGUGAUGGAGUACUGCUUGGGCUCAGCUUCUGACCUCUUAGAAGUCCACAAGAAACCCCUUCAGGAAGUGGAAAUAGCUGCCAUAACCCAUGGUGCGUUGCAGGGAUUAGUGUAUCUUCACUCUCACAACAUGAUUCACAGGGAUGUGAAGGCAGGAAACAUCUUGCUAACAGAGCCAGGCCAGGUCAAACUGGGAGACUUUGGCUCUGCCUCCAUCGUUGCCCCAGCCAAUUCCUUCGUGGGAACACCUUACUGGAUGGCCCCUGAGGUGAUCCUGGCAAUGGACGAGGGUCAGUACGACGGGAAGGUGGAUGUGUGGUCACUUGGCAUUACCUGCAUAGAGCUGGCGGAAAGGAAGCCUCCUCUGUUCAACAUGAAUGCUAUGAGUGCCUUAUACCACAUCGCCCAGAAUGAGAGCCCUGUGUUGCAGUCUAAUCACUGGUCUGAUUAUUUCCGCAAUUUUGUGGACUCCUGUUUGCAGAAGAUCGCUCAGGACAGACCUACCUCUGAUGUGCUGCUCAAGCACCAUUUCCUAUGCAGAGAGCGUCCUAUGACAGUUGUGAUGGACUUGAUUGCCCGCACCAAGGACGCUGUCCGCGAGCUGGACAACCUUCAGUACCGGAAGAUGAAGAAAAUCCUCUUCCAUGAGGCACACAACGGUCCCGCACCAGAAGGAGGCGAUGAGGAAGAGGAUGUGGAGCAGUAUAUGCUGCGCACCGGCACAGUCAACAGCAUGGAGAGCUCCCACUCUCUGCCAUCCAUGUCAAUCAGUGCCAGCUCCCAGAGCAGCUCGGUCAAUAGCCUGGCAGACGGCUCUGACGACAGCGGGGAGAUGGCCAUGAUGCAGGAGGGAGAGCACACCGUCACCUCCAACAGCUCUGUCCUGCACAAACCCCUGAGCCAUGACAACAUCUAUGAUGAUCCCUAUCAGCCAGAGGUUGACUCACAACGAGAAGCUUCGUCUGCUGGUGGUGGUGGCGGAGGAGGGGGGGGGAGGCGUCGUCGUGGCAGAGACCAUUUUGCCACCAUCAGGACAGCCUCGCUCGUCACUCGUCAGAUCCAGGAACAUGAGCAGGGCUCGGCCCUGAGAGAGCAGAUGUCUGGGUACAAGCGAAUGCGACGGCAGCACCAGAAGCAGCUGAUGGGCCUGGAGAACAAGCUGAAGGCAGAGAUGGACGAGCACCAGCUGAGACUGGACAAAGAGCUGGAGAAUCAGAGGAACAGCUUCUCCAUGGAGGGGGAAAAACUCUCCAAGAAGCACCAGGUCAUCCUGGAGAAGGAGGUGAGCUGGUGGAGGACGAAUGAGACAAAGGCAGUCCUGACUGAGGAGAAGAAGUUCCAGCAGCACAUACUGGCCCAGCAGAAGAAGGAGUUGACUAGUCUGCUGGAGUCCCAGAAACGGCAGUAUCGCCAACGCAAGGAGCAGCUCAAAGAGGAACUAAAUGAGAACCAGUCAACACCAAAGCGGGAGAAACAAGAGUGGUUGGUGCACCAGAAGGAGUGUCUGCAGCAGCUGCAGGCAGAGGAAGAGGCAGGCCUGCUGCGACGGCAGAGGCAGUAUUAUGAGCUACAGUGUCGCCAGUAUAAAAGGAAGAUGCUGCUGGCACGCCACAACCUGGAGCAGGAUCUGCUCCGAGAGGAACUGAACAAGAAGCAGACUCUGAAGGACUUGGAGUGUGCCAUGCUCCUGCGUCACCACGAGUCCACCCAGGAGCUGGAGUUCCGACAGCUGGGUUUGGUGCAGCAUACGCGGGCCGAGCUGAUCCGCACGCAGCACCAGACGGAGCUCACCAACCAGAUGGAGUAUAACAAGAGGCGUGAGCAGGAGCUGCGUCAGAAACACGCCGUGGAGGUCCGCCAACAGCCCAAGAGCCUCAAAGUGAGUGAGAGGACCCAGAGCCAGGGGUCAACUGAGGAGGGAGAGAGCCAGACAACAGAGGGGCAGAGUGGCAGCUGGGACAGUGAGGCGGGAGUGGUACAAAUAGAGGUGGAGGGCGAGAGGGAUGGCGAGUUAAAAAAGGAGAGGGAGGUGUUAGUUAAAGAGAUGUAUGAUAAUCAGGAUGAGCUUGAUGGAGCAGUAUUAGAAUUUAGAGAUAAGGAGUUAGAGGGUGUCCCUGUGGUUGAACGGAAAAAUGAGGUAGAUGACGACAACAAACCAAAGGGAAAUGAUGAUGAUGAGGAGGAGGACGAGUGGAAAAUCGGUGAAGAAAGGACAGAAGUGAGGGAAGUAGAAGGAGUGCAGUGGGAGGAUGAUCACAGUAAAACUGCACAUGCAGACACUGAUGAAGAGGAAGAAGAGGGCAGGGGCGUGGCAGAUGGUUGUCCGUCAGAGUUCAUCUCAUCCCUGUCCCCAGAAAAGAGACGACUCCGUGAGCGAGACAUCGAUGAGCUAUCUGAGUUUUACUUCCCUGUUGCUCCAGAGGAGCUUGAGCCCAUACCCACCUCACCCCCUCCCCCCGCCCAGAAUUCUUUGCCUUCAUUCUUCUCUCACACCAUCUGCCUCCUCCUCUCCCUCUCCGUUGCUGCCCAGCCUUCCAACCUCACUUUGCUGCUACUCUCCAUCUUCCUCCUCUCCCUCCGUCGCUCACCGCCUCUGCCCUCGGUGGCCUCUAUCCUCCUCUCCGCUGAGCUUGCCUUCUUGGCACUCUUCUUCUCGUACCUCUUCCUUCGUUCCUGCUGCUCUCUGUCUCUCUCCACCUACCUGUCGCUCAGCCUCUGGGCCAGCGGCCUCUUCAGUUUAGGACUCUCCCUCAGUUUGGGGAUUUAUUACAUCCCCAUGAUUUUGAUCUCCGCCUCCUUCCUCAGCUCUCCCUCCCUCUUCCUCUCUCUCUACUUGGUGGUGGUGCUGAUUGUCAGGCCGGCCCGCGACUUCCUCCAGUAUGCACCCCGCAAAGUCAACCGCCUCUGCAUGCGCGUCCUUUUCCGCCUGCCUCGACCCCUGUUUGCCAUGUGCCAGUCAGUCCUGGGCGGUAUGGCUGAGCGUAACCUCUAUGAGAUGUUUCCCAAAGCAGGGCGCAACUGGGGUGUGCGCCAGUCCAAAAUCCCAGUCCCCCUGAAGAGCUUGCCCUUAGAGUAUCAGGCUCGCUGCUGUAACACCUCUCCCUUAGCCAAAGGCCUUCUCUGGGUGAGGCGUUUCAGUAGACGCCCCCUCGGGGUCCUGGCAGACCUGGCUAACUCCAUAGUGCUAAAACUAGCCAGACAGCUCCUUAAAAAGCUGCCACUCAGUGUCAGUAUCAAACUCCGAACUCUGGGCCUCUUGAAGAGGGAGAUCCCAAGCAGACUGCCCAAACUAUUACCCAGGGAGGUCAGAGAGAGGAGACAGAGGGGGAGAGAGAGGGAGAGACAGAGGAGGGAAGAGAGGGAGAGGAUGUUUCGUGAGGAGGCGAGGUGGGAGUGUGGGUUGAGACGAACUUCAUCUGGAAGGUUUGUCAGGGGGAAAAUUCGGCCGUGGAGAUAGUGAGAGUGUAAGACAAAUUGAAGGAAAGAGUGGGAGACGUGUGCUGGUGGUAUGUGUGUGAGCGUGAUCAUGAUCACGCUCCAUGUUCCAUUGUUCAUCCAUUGUUUGUGUGUCGUUUUGAUUUGGGCCCACGUCUCUCUCGUUAGAUAAUUCCCAAACUGGUUUUUGGUCCCAUUUCUUAAAGAUUAGAAAUAUUUUACCCUGCACACAUGUACAUCUGAUUUUGGCAGUUGAAGCUUAUCCAAACAUGUAUGCACACGAGCCAUACUGUUGAAUCAGUGGGCUCUGUGAACGUAAACAUGCAGCCAAACCCACGGUUACUGUACCAAACCCAGUGAAGUUUUACCAUUUUAUUAUUGUGCUUUUUGUAAAAGUUCCUUAAAGUUUCUUUAAUUUUGUUAUUUUGCUCUUAAUUUCUAAGACAAAUAUUUUCAUGGUUAUUUUUAAGACCGUUUUUGUGCAAUCUUUUGUUUUUCUUUUAUAGUGGUCUUAUUUAAUUGGGUGCACUGUUAUCUCAGUGCUUAGAACAAAUAUUACAGUGUUGCAUAGCUUCCUGGCUAUAAUUUCACUCCCCAAAGCUGAAUACUGUGAAAAAGAAAAAAAGACUUAAUAAUUUCACUAACAUCACCCUGAACACUACAGGUAGCUCUCAGUCAGUGUAAAAGUGCAAUAAUCAGCUAAGCAGAAAUAUCUGGGACCACUGUAGGACAUUUGAUAACAUUUUGAAGCGUAGCUUCUAUGUUUAGAAGUCAAAGUGGAAAAUGGUUAGUGGAAGUUUGGGGCCAUUUAGCUGGAACAUUAAGCCUAUCCAAUUCAUUGUUUCAUGCUAAGACAUCAUUGGAUAUUAUUUACAGCUGGUGAAAUCAUGCUUUCAGAUUCUAGUUAGAUAUGCUGUUUUUAUUGCGCUUUAUGCAAUAAUCUUGUGUUUUACCAUGUAAACAUUUAGAUAUUUUUCCCCUUAAUAAUCAUAUAAAUUUCACCAGUUGAGUGCCUAGUUAUAACUGUUUGCACAAAUGUUAAGUCUGUUGUGAAGUGACAUAUCCUACAUUUAUAGUGGAAACAUAAGAACGCAGGAUAUACUUUGGAGUAGUAAAAGUAUAAUAUAAUAAAAACCUAUUUAAUAUUUCACUGUAUCUUAAUUUAUAUGAAGCCAUAUAGACAAUCUUUUGAGACACGCAAUCAUAAAAUAAGUCCAAAGAUUGAUGCAACUACUGAAUGUGAAAGUUAAGAUUGAGCAGUUCAUGAUCAUAUGAAGAGAAGAUAUCCAGUAAUAGCAGACAUCUGUUUAAUUUUGCACUGUCCUAAAGACCAUUUUUUUAAAAACAAAAAAAAAAACAAAUGUGGGAGAACAGAUCACUUCAGUUUAGGGCUGCAACUAACGAUUAUUUCCAUUAAUGAUUAAUCUGCCGAUAAUUUUUUUGAUUAAACAUCCAAAAAUAGUGAAAAAAUGCUCAUCACAAAUUCCCAGAGCCUAAGGUGAUGUCUCCAAUGUUUGGUUUUGGUCAAUCAAAAGUCCAAAACCAAAGAUAUUCAGUUUGAAUUCAUAUAUGACAGAGUAAAGCACCAAAUCCUCUUGUAUGGCAUGGUUAGAAUGUAUGGCAUUUUUUCACUAUUUUUGCUUGAAAAAUGACUGAAACGAUUAAUCGAUUAUCAAAAUAGUUGCGUAUAAUUUUUCUGUCGAUCAACCAAUCGAUGAAUCGUUUCAGCUCUACUUCAGUCGGACCAAAAGGAAACUUGACGGUUAAAAGUGCCGUUUUUAUCUCAUGCUCUUGCAAAUUUGAGGACUUAAACAUCAAAAUGCUCUGUUCUAAUUGAAUGAAUUCAAAUUAACCAAAUUUCGUUUAAAAUUUGCAGUUGUGACAUGCAUAGUGUUUGAGAGUAUUAAGAAUUUAAAAAUGUGCAUAUUUGCAAGGGAAGUCUGGUAAUGAUGAGUAAAAUACGUUUGUGCUUAUAAAUGCUAAUUAUGUAGGAAAAUGUGCCCUGUAUGUCACAGAAGGACGACAUUUGAGCUAUUUACAUGGAGGAAUAUUACUGAGUAGGAAAACUCAAUCUUAACUGUAUUUGACACAGGGGGAACAAAAAAGUUGGGCACUUCUUUUAGGUGACGUGCAUUUGGGAAGUCUAGCUUUAAAAAAAGACAAUUCACAACAAACAUUGUUUUAUUUGAAUGUAACUUAUUUGCAAUUGAUUUACAUUUGUGUUCCAGUAUCAGUUAUUUCCUGUUCCUCUGUGUAUGUUUACAUGUUUGUAUUAUGUUUUGUUGUGACACCGUCUGAGAGUUAUAUCACCUUGAGUUUUUUAUAUUUAAUUUAUGCAGUAUUUAUAAGACUAGUACUGCAUUUUGUUUGGCAGCCAUUUUGUUGCCCUUUUAUUCUCAUUUUAGCUGCAUGAGUGUUGGCAUACUGUAUGGCCGUGUGCUCGUAAGCAUAGAAAAAUAUUUUGUCAUACUUCCAGAUUUUUCUUUACACAGAAAAUAAAUUCUUUUGUGUGAAAAUCA